AUGAAAGUUUUUCUGGUCCUGUUGGCUUUAUUGUUUUGCGGGUUGGGUGCUCAGGGGAUUCCUCGUAAUGGCAGAGCUAUCGCUUGUCCCGACUCUUUUCUUAUUACGCCCUGUGUUUGCACUCUUAAUGGUCAGCAGGUUGACAUGACCUGUGCCGGCCUGACUAGUUUGAAAAGUCUGACGGAUAUCUUCGCCCGUACGUUUCCGACAAACGUCUUGCAUUCGAUCGUCAUUCAAUCAUCAACUCUAGGACCGUUACCAAACGACGUAUUUAAUGGGAAAUCUUUCGAGAUUAUUAGCUUUUUAAACAACCGUUUGACAUCGUUCGACAAUACUGGCAUUCUUUCCUCAUCUUCAAGUAAUCUAAGAUCGCUUACUGUCAGGCAAGACACAGACGAUUGGACAUUCAAUUUCGCAAAUCUACAAGGCUAUAAUUUACUGACCAGCCUAGAACUUUCGGGCUACAGUAUGGUGCUAUCGGGCACAUUGUCUAGCUCAUCGCUAACGUCUGUCACGCUCCGAAGUGAUUUUCUAGCAGCUCUGCCGCCUCUGGGUACUCUCCCUGCUCUCACGCUUCUAAAUUUAGACGGAAGUGUUAUUGCAAGUCUGGCUGGAAAUUCGUUCUCUUCGUUAGCCAGCCUUUCGCAAUUGUAUCUUGGUCACAAUAAAAUAGAGUCCCUUUCUUCUGGGUUGAUGUCUCUUGCGGCUAGUAUAACCCAAGUUGACUUAUCAAGCAAUCUUAUCGAUACUGUUCAGCCAAACUGGAUAACAGGAGUGUCAUCAGCGACAUCAAGUCCAACUUGUUAACAACUACAUCAGCGUUCUGGAUCAAGCUUCUUUCGAGGGGGUCAUUCAGUCACUAAUGCCAUCGGGGAAAUUGCUUUUGGAUGGCAAUCCACUGGUGUGCGGCUGCGAAGUUGCCUGGGUUGUAACAAAUUCUGCCUAUUUAACUGUCGCUAAUGACGCUCGGUGCGUUAACGGGACUCGUCUGACUAAUUUGGAUCCAAACUAUUACCUACAAAAUUGCUAACAUCGUGUUGAAUUACUCGUGACGGGACCUUCAAAAAUUAAAUACACUAAGCAACUAAAAA